AUGCUGCGGCAUCAGCGGCCGCACAGGCGCAAGGUGGGCAAGCAGCGCCCGUCGCACGUGCCGGCGUGCGCCAUAGCGCCGUGGGCGCCUCCGGUGCAGCGCCCCGCGCAGGGCAAGCUCGAGCCGGCGCUGCAGCGCCCCCGGAGGCGGAAGGUGGGCAAGCAGCGCCCCUCCACGGCGCCCGCCCUGCGGGCAGCGCCACCGCCGCCCGCGCAGCAGCCGCCGGCCAAGCAGGGAGGCGGGUCGAGCCUCGGUGCCAAGCAGCUGGGCGAGUUGCUCCGGAGCAUGCGGGACGUGGUCUUCGCGUCCGCGUGCCCGAACAAGAUCCGCUCCAACCUCCGUGGGCUCGCGCGCGGAAGGAGCAUGAGCUGUCGCGGCUGGGACAGCGAUGGGCGUGGCACGCAGCGAGCCUUGAAGCUGCGUUCCAAAGAGGCUGCGGCGUCUGCGGUGAGCCACUGGACGCACUCGCCGCCCCUGUCCGACGGGGUUGGCCCGGGAUUUGCGUUCAGCGCUCCCGCGCUUGACGCGGCGGCUAGCGGGCUGGCAAAGAAUGGCUCGGCGGGCUUCGAGCUGGACGCGGCGUUCGUCUGCGCGGCGGGCAACCCGGAGGACGCGAAGGACAAGCAUAGACGGAUCUUCGCCAUCGUCUUGCAGAGCGAGAGGCCCGAAGUUAAUGGCGCAGGCAUCUUCGAGCCGCUGGAGGAGAGCUCUUGCCCAAGGGCCGCGAGAGUCAACGUCCUCCUGGCCAGCGUGCGUUCGGCGCAACUGGAGCCGAAGAGCGACGGGAUCGACCGCGCCGCGGCGGCGCCCACCGCGGCGAGCUACGCAGCGGAGGCUCUGCCUGAGCCCGCGGUCUUCGAGGUCAUCGAGGCGGCGAGCGACGAGAGGGCGGCGGGGGCGCUUGGCCAGCGCGAGGCGGCCGCGGCUCGCGUCGUCGGGUGCCUGGCCGAUGUGGGCUCGGAAGCUCUGUCGAUCGUGCGCUUCCCGGGCGCUGCCGUGCGCGGGCCGUCCGCGCAGCAGUCCGCGGAGGCAUCCUCCGAGAUCAACGCGGCCGACGUCUUCGGGCUUGUGGCCGAGGCUUCGGCGGGCCCGGGCCGGGCGCAGCCAGGCCCCAAGGGGGGCCUGGCAAGCCACCGGUCGGCCCCGCAUGCCGUGCAGCGGGGCGCGCGACGAGACCGCGGCUGCUCGUGGGCCGCAGCAGCGCUCCUGCCGCCGGAGAAGAAGGUCCUCCCGUGGAUCGCGGAGGCGCACGAGGGGGAUAUGGCGCCAGCUUCGUCGCAAAUCUCCGUGGGCUUUCUGGAGAGCGGGUUCUCCCUGCUCGCGGCGCUGCCGUCGUUGCGGAGGGAUUCGUAG